AUGUUUGAUUUGCAACCAAAUGAAGCCAAAUUGAUGGCCACUUAUGGUUUGACAACCAUGAGACCAAAUAGUCUUAAAGAUAUAAAUUAUCAUGAAUUUAAUACUCCACCUGAUGAAGUAUCUGAUUUAAGUACCGAACAACAAUACAACAUGUUGUUGGAUUUAAUUGAAUCUGAACAAAAAGUGGUUGAUAGUAGAAGAACUUCACAAGGAGAAGAAAGUAUAUUAAUGGAAUUGAUAUCUCAACAUAAAGAUAAUCAAAAUUUGAAUCAAUCAUAUUCAAGAAUGGAACGUCAAAUUCAUGGACAAAGUGAAAAUUUAAGAAUGGCAAUUGAAUCAAAUUUUAUUCAUUUUAUAAAUACAAAACUGAAAAUUGAUGAUUCGUUAAUUGAUUUUAUGAGACUGAAAACUAAAGCACAACAAGAUCGAUCAAAUUCGAGAGUUUUUAAUCCACAACGACGUAAUAUGGUAUCAACAAAUUCAAAUGGUAAAGAAGAUUUAACCUCUGAAUUGGAAGAAAAUAUUAGUAAUUUAAUGAAUAGUACUUCAGCACUGAUUCAACCUAUUAAUGAAAGUAAGCAUAAAGAAGAUAAAGUUUUAAAAAUGACGGAAUUUAUUAAAGCUAAUCAACAUUUUUUUGAUUUACCUAAAAAUUUAGUUCAUUCAUUGUCUAUUAGUGAUAAUGAUAAAUUCAUUGAUGAUUAUAAUAGAUAUAUUCAUGAUAAAGAAAGAUUCUUAACCAAUUUCAAUAAUAAAUAUAGUGAACAAGUGUUGAAAUUAACUCAAGAAAACAACACACAAGCAUUACAAACCAUAGAUCAAGAAAGGAAAUUAAAAUUGAGUUUAAUUUCUAAAACUUUUCAAGAAAUUGAUACUAUUGCUCAACAAUAUAGAAAUAAAACAUAUCAAGAGUUUUUAUCAUUAGAUCAUGAAGUAUCUAAAAGUCAUUCAAAUUCAAGAUUUAUUUCUUUAGUGGAUAAUUUAUCUCGAUUAAAUGUUGAUUCUAAAAUGGCACAUCCAAUUGCUGAUUUUUUAAUUAAACAAAUUGAAGUUGUUGAUCAAGAUUUUAGUAAACAAGUGGAGAAAUUUGAUGGGAAAUUCUUGAUUGCUCAAAAUAAAUUGGUUGAUUAUAUUCGUUCAUUGAAUCCUGAAAGAAGAGAAGGAUCUCAUAUUAAUUAUAUUAGUGAAAAAUAUGAUACUUAUAAAGAUGAUAUUGGUCUGACUUCAAGAAUAGAUCAAAAAUUAACUAUAAUUAAAGAAGCAUUUGAAAGUAAUGAUUCGUUAGAUUUAAGUUUAAUUAAUGAAACUUGGUUGGUUUUGUAUAAUUUCAUUAAUUAUUUGGAUAAUAUUUUAGUAACAAAUAUUGUUAAAUUUUUAAACAAUUAUGUUCAUUAUACUAAAUUAGGUAUUGAUCCUGAUGGUAAUAUUAGAGAUUUAUGUGUUAAAUUAAUCAAUCAAGUGGUGUUGAUAUUAGUAGCACUAUUUGAUGAUGAAAAUAGUGAUAAUAAUCAAUUGGAAAGUACACCCAAGAAUUAUAAACAAUUUGUACCAUAUUAUAGUAAUUCAUUAUCGGCAAUUUAUCAUUUAUCAAGAGUUAAUGAUAAAGUAAAUAAAAUCAUGAAUAGUUUUGGGGAUGUUAUUGGUACAAUUGGUAAUGCUAGUCAAUUUACCGAUACAAAUAAAGUGAUUAAAAAUAUGAAGAGUUCAUCACUUAAAAUUAAUCAAAAAAUCUUGGAAGCAGUUUGUGCCACAUGGGUUAAUGAUUGUUCACAAUUUUAUGAAUUGGAAGAUUGGUCAUUAGAUAAUUCAAUUAAAGAGAAGUAUAAGACUACUAAUGGGAAAUGUACUAAACUUAUGAGUAUUAUUCAAUGUUAUCAAUUGUAUGUUUUAUUAAAAAUUAGUGAAUUGGUGGUUUAUAAUGAAUCAUCAGAAUAUAGAAUAGUUGCUGCUUAUCCAAGUAAACGUAUGUUGGUUUCGAUUGAAAUUCAAUUCAUGAGAAGUUUAAAUAUCAUUGUUGAUUCCAUGAUGAAGAAAUACAAUUUAGAUAGACAAGAAAGUGGGAAUAAUGAUGAUCUUUACAACAACAAUAGUUAUAGUAAUAACAAAAACCUACAAGUAUUCAAGAUUUUAACUAUGAAUAAUUUUGAUAAAUUAUCACGAGUUAUUUAUCCAGAAUUAUUAAAUCAAUUUGAUAAAUUUUUUGAUAAAGAUUUACUGAAACAAAAUUUGAAAUUAUUUGCAGAUAUUGAUAAAGCAAGUUUAACAAUAAUUGAUGAUAUUUUAAAUAUUGAAAAAUUAUUUAUUGCUCAACAAGUUAAUAAAUUUUUCCAUUCAAAACAAUCAUUACCACAAGUUUUAAAAGUUGAUGGAUUUAUUUAUGAAAUUUUAAUUCAUUUUGUUAAAUUAAUUAAUAAAAUUAAACCAUUAACAAGUCAAGAGAUUUAUAUUACAAUUAUAAAUGAAUUACAAUUAAAUUUACUUAAAAAUAUAAUUGAUAAUAUUCGUCAAAUUCCUUUAAGAUCUUCAUUAAAUUAUAUUAAUUUAAAAUUAGAUGUUAAUUUCAUUUUAUUAAUUUUUGAAAAUUCUAAAAUUUUGAAAUUAAAUGAUUCAAGUUAUAAAUAUUUACAAAUUUUAUUAAAUGAUAUUGAAAAUAAAAAUAAUGAAUUAUUUAAUAAAGAAAAUCAAUUCAUUUAUAACAAAAAAGAUUUUGAUCAAAUUUUACAAUUAAGUAUUCAAGAUUGUUCAAAUGAAUUUAGUUGUUUUUAA